UGGCAGCCUCCAUGGUGGAAGUCCAAAACAUGACGAAAUUAUCAAAAUCGGAGAGAAAGUUACGGAAAAAGCAAUCAAAGUCUCAGCAUACGUUGUUAAAGCAUGACGGAAUACAGGCUUCCGAUACUCCUACAAAAAUACUUUGUGUUAACAAUGCAGGGCUUGGUAGCGGUGUGUCUAGGGAUGAAGUGAAUGAAUUAUUUUCAGCUGUUGGCAGAGUAGAGGAUGUGAUUAUGAUGCCUCAGAAACCUUAUGCUUUUGUGUGUUAUGACAAUGAGAAGGAAGCUGAGGCUGCAUAUGGAAACCUAAACGGCCAUACAUUGCUGGAAAACAAGGAUAGGAAGUGGUCUGUGACAUUAUACAUAUCUUAUGUCAGUCAAGUUCCUCCAAGCCUUUCACCCUCUGAUGAGCUCCCUCCUGGCCUCAUCCUUCUCAAGGACUUUAUCUCACAAGACUAUGCAGACAAAAUGCUGGAAUCCAUUAAAUGGCAUGAAGAGGAAUCACCCGGUCUGCAGAAAGAACUCAAGCACAGAGAAGUCAAGCAUUAUGGGUAUGAAUUUAAAUAUGGAAUCAAUGAUGUAGAUGUUGAUGAUCCUCUGCCUCAAGGAGUUCCAGCCAUCUGUCAGGAGUUUCUGGACAGGGUGUUAAAAACAGGCCAUGUGAAACACUUUCCUGACCAAGUCACAGUUAACAAAUAUCAGCCAGGACAAGGUAUACCUCCCCAUGUAGAUACCCCUUCUGCGUUUGAGGAUGGAAUCAUGUCACUUAGUCUUGGUUCACAGGUGUUGAUGGAUUUCCGACAUCCUACUGGUAAACACUUGUCUGUGUUGUUGCCUGCUCAAAGUCUGCUGAUAAUGACGGGGGAGUCACGCUACGUCUGGUCACACGGAAUCACACCACGUAAAUCGGACAUUGUCCACACACCUGAUGGCAGACUGACCCUCGUACACCGGGGUACUCGUAUCUCAUAUACAUUCAGAAAAAUCAUCCCGCCAAAGGACAGAAUUAAUCGUCCUGUACCCUUUGCUAUGGAGAAUAGGCAAUCCAACCCGACAAAACUUCCACAAUCAACAUCUGAUGCUGCAACCCUGGAGGAGACGCAUGUUCAUAAGGUAUAUGAAGAAAUAGCAGACCACUUCAGUGGGACCCGGCAUAGUCCAUGGCCACGGAUAGCAGAUUUUAUCAGGGCACAACCAAUGGGGUCUAUUCUGGCUGACAUUGGAUGUGGCAACGGCAAGUACCUCGGUAUCAACAAGGACAUAUUUGAGGUUGGGUCCGAUAGAAGCUUGAAUCUGGCGAAGAUCUGUCGAAAUCGAGAGUUCCCUGUGUUUGUCAGUGACGUCAUGUCUAUACCUAUCAGAUCGGGUGUCUGUGACAUUUGUCUCUGUAUCGCUGUGCUGCACCAUCUCUCUACAGAGGAGAGAAGAUUGCAUGGAAUAUCGGAACUGCUUCGUAUCCUACAUCCAGGAGGGAAAGCUCUAAUCUAUGUGUGGGCAAUGGAACAGGAACUUCAUAAAAUUAAAUCGAAAUAUUUGAAAGAGGUUAAAGUCACAGAUUCUACAAAUAGAAAUGAACAGGACAAUGCCACAGAAAUUGAUGAGGUAAAGACGAACGAUUCACCAGUAGACAUGUUACCGUCAGAUAAAGCUGUAUCUACUCAAAUUAAUCAAUUAUCCUUGUCAAAAGGAGAAUUGGAAAAUGAGGAUAAUUACACUAGUCAGAAUGAAUAUGUUGAUGGACAGGAGGUGAAUAUACCACCACCUUCUUGUGAUAGGCUAGUAACACCAGAAUUAACACUAACAGGGAAAUGUGGACACGUAUCCGAACCACAGUGUAGUAGUAAGGUAUUAGAGGUGCACAAAAACAGGACUAAAUUUAAACAACAGGACAUGUUAGUCCCCUGGCAGUUAAAGAAGAAGGAGAAGGUCGAAGCCAGCGUGAAGGACCUAGGGGAGCCAGUGUUCCAUCGGUAUUACCAUGUGUUCCGACAGGGAGAGCUUGAGGCUCUGUGUGGGAAACUGGACAAUUGUCGAGUACAGGAGAGUUACUAUGACCAGGGAAACUGGGUUGUCAUACUGCAGAAGUUAUAGUGUGAAUUAAUGAAUUAAAAGAAAUAGAAAAUCAUUUGAAAACAUUAUGAUUUGCAUUUCUUAAUGAAACAUGAAGGAUGUCUGUAUCACCGCGAGUUGUAGUGUGCAAUGUAUUUCAAUCUGGACAGUGGCAGUUCAAAGAUAAAAAUUAUUUCAAAAUCCUCAAUAAAAUUUGUCUACACUAAAUAUUUUAAACCAUUGAAGAUGUCUUGAUGAAUCGCAUUUAUUCCUGCUCUAAUUUAUAUUGUUUAAAAAAAAACUGGAAACUUUUCAAAAAGAGGAAGUUUCAAGUGUGUAUUAUUAAAGAAUUAUACCAACAGGAUACUUUUUUUUUUAGUGGUGAAUGUUCCAUUCUACUACAUUACAUGUAAAAUUUGUGUUCACUGAAUUCAAUAGGAACAGUGGCAAGGCAUGUAUAAAAGUGGAGUAUAGGGUCAUCUGACCAGCUCAGGCUAGUAGAAUUUCCAUUUAGCAGAGUAGUAGGAUUAGGAUGUACCUGUCCUACUUUUGAUACAUGAUACACUGCCUCACAGAGAUCAACCCAUGAAACUAGUCUAAUCCCUGUGGAAAAUAGGGCAAGAAAUGGGGCCAAGACAAACAUCCUUUUUGAAGUAGGUCAAAGUGACCAAUGUUUGGUACAUGCCAUGCUGCCUCACCUAGGUGAACCUAUGCCCUAAGUAUGACGUUCCAGUGACAAGUAGUGCAGGAUAGAGUGCAGGACAAAAUAAAAAGGACAAGUGUAGACACUAUGCUGUAGACCCUCUGAAUCUGGUUGAAUUUUUAAGACAUAACAAAACAACAAUUAUUUAUGCAGAUUAUUUUAUUCAAGGCUAUUCACAAGCUGUGCAUAAUAAUUACAAGUGGUAGGUACUACUUCAGUAUAAAUACAGAUUGUAUGUACAGGUGUGUGAUCACUGAAACACUUACAGGCAGAUUGGACAGGUAACAAAUUAACAGGUAACACAAAAAACGACAGUUUUCAAUCACACGAAAAAAAACUUUUGGCUGUUUUUUUCUUUUAAUUCACAAACAGUACAUGUUUCAUGAUGCUGAUACACUGGUGUAAUUUUGUGUCAUCAAUUAACUGUAUACAUGUACAUCUUGUUGAUUAUUAAAACUUCUUAAUCACAAUGAUAAUCAUACAAUGAACAUACAAGUUAAAGCAAGAAAUUUUCAUUCGUAUAAAAGCAUCAACUCUUUGCAGGAUUUGUCUGCAAAUAUCAAACACUAUCAAGGUUAUUCAUUUUUCCAGUGUGAAAAAUCAUUUUUCCAGAGUGAAAAUUCAUUUUUUUUCCAGUGUUAAACAGCAGUCUGUUCAAAACACUAGGAUGUGAUGUCUUAGCCAGACAAGGACAUGAUCUUCUGGAGAGCAGCAAGAUUACAUACUAGGAGUACUGGCUCUUUAUAAAUAUUAAUUUUAUCCACACAAAUACUUUCUGUUUUUAGAAUACAUAGGAUUAAGAACAGUUUUACUUAGUGUGAAAAUGUGUUACAAUAUACAGCCACCAGCGUUUCAUUUUAGCAUGCAAGUGCUUAUCAAUGUUCAUGGUGUUUCGAGUUGGGAAACUUUCUGGUGGUCUUAAUAAGCCUUGUGGUUCCAUGUACAGUCGCUCACAGAAGUUAACAUAUUCAAGUGAUGUACAGUAUAUCACAUUUGACCAUUUUUAUCACAUCUCAUGAUCUGACCCAAGACAAUGUAGAAGUGAUGGCAUGUAACAAUGUAUUCAUCUGAUCGAGCUUCACAGCUACUAAUUUAACAAAGUGUGAAACACUUGUUCUGUAAAAACGGAGAGUAUAGGUCACUUUACAAUCUCAGACUUCCCUUUAGCCUAGUGGUAGGAUCUUGCCUUGAGAGGGAGAAGUCACUUGUUAAAGGAUCAGCACAGACAGGUUAUUUUUCAUUACUCCUUCCUAUUACAGUUUUAUGACCUUGUAAAUCAGUAAAUGUGAUUUAUACAGACCUUCACCUCCAGAAAGCUACAGAAACAAGCAUACUGAGUAUGUCUCCUACCGACCACUGUUGGCUAUUAUGCUAUAAUGAUUUAUAAAGAUGGUGCCCUUUGGUGUUAAUUUGGAAAAACGAAAAAGUAUACAAUUUGCUUAUAAGUUAUUUUAAUGUAAUAAUACAAGAAAUUGUAAUGUAUUCUGACCAGGGAAUUCUAUAAAAUGGAACUGGAAUUUUCUAAAAAUGGUAAUUAUAUAAAUAGUAACCUUGACCUUACAACCAUGAAACUUGGGACUUGUCCGAGGUAUUAGUACCAUAAAAUACCUGUAAUGUACGCAUCAAUGUAGUUUACACACCCUUAAAAUCGACUAAAAAUUGCAGGAAAAAAGGUCUAUACCAAUGCAAUUUACACAAAUAAAUGAACAAAAUCAUACUAAUUUUGUGUCCAAAAUUCAUCAGUGUAGACCGACCAGUCAGGUGUGAAAUUAUCAAUGACCAAUUAAAAGAAAAUUUCAGAUUCCCUGCAAGUGGGUAGUCUUGUAUUAACAAGAAUGUGAAAUUUGAUGAAAAUCACAUUUGUCCAAGAUAUUAAGAUUCUAAAUAAGAGUCUGAAGUUUGAUGAAAAUCCCUUACAUAAAGCCAAACAACCCUGAAACUUAUCCCCGAUAUUAUGGACCUUUAUGAUCAAUUAAAGUUUGAUCAAAUAUCUCACAGAAUAAAGCCACUAGGUUACUGACAAACUUUUGUGUAUUAACCUACAUACAUACGGACGUUCUCAACCUCGGGGUUCACCCGUAGAGGACUAAAAGAUAUUGUAUAUGAUUAACCUACAUACAUACGGACGCUCUCAACCUCUGGGUUCACCCGUAGAGGACUAAAACAUAUUGUAUAUGAUUGGUCGCUGAUUAGAUUGUAACUGUUAUAUAUCUAUGUAAAGAGAAAGAGGAUUACAGGACUACGGCUUAUCCAUCACAUUGCUUGAAAAAUAUCACUAUCUCAAUUCAUGUAUAUAAAUCUGUAAAGCAUUCUGUUCUGUCAUCCCACUACAUGCAGAGUUAUGGCCCUUUGCUUGCAAUGUACAUGAUGUACAAAAGGACAUCACUGGAUGGCAGUGUUUCAAAUAGAAAUAUGGCCCUUUUUCAAUUUUGAUUGAAGAUUUCUCGGAAUAUUUAUCCUGAUAGAGCAGCACAACAUAAACUCAUCAUAGCAUGGUACAGGAUAGCAGAAUGAUUUAGCUUUAUGGUUCUGUAGAAGAAAUGAUUCAAAAUAAAAACUUGUGAUAGAAGCCGCAAUGAUUGUAUUUAAAACUAGUUAAGCUAAUGAAUUCUUUACUGCAACAAAGACAAAAUUCCAUAAACAUAAGUUCAUAACCAUGAAAUAAG